AUGGGGUUGACACGCAAGGAGUCCGUCAAGGUGGCGAACGUCCUCGUCCCCCAACGGCUUAUGUCAACGAGGAAUCCUAACAAGGAAUGGAGACCCCAAGCCGUCCAGGCUCAACAGCAAGAAGAUCUCGAACAACAACAAGCACAAAUAGACCUUCAAAAACUUGGACGGUAUCCUGAACCCACUCAUGUCCCCCAACGCAGUGGCACUGUCAAGACCAUCGUCAGAGCUGUCGUUCCUGAUGCCGUCUUGGACAGAACACGCAGUGUCGUGAACAGGGCAAGACGAUCCAGUAUCGUUGAUGUGUAUGAGAAGGCUAAAAUCAGAGGCGCCGAACUCGAGCGCAAGAAAUGGGUCCAGGUACUCUUCGAGUACACGAUUUACCUGAUCCUAAUUUGCUUCAUCUACUUCGUUCUGGUCGGUAUGCCCUUGUGGAAGGGAGCUGUAUACUGGUUAUACUGGGUUGUCUCCACCAAGUUCGUCAUUACCGGUGGCUGGUCCAUCACCAUUGGUAUCGCGGUCCUCUAUGCCUUUGCCCCUCUCCUGAUCCUCUUUGAGAAGGAACCUCCUAUGAUUGAUCGUCCCGACGACUUUGACAGAACCACCAUUCCAGGAGUUCACAACACUGCUUUGCUUGUUCCCUGCUACAAGUCGGAAAACAUCAUUGGACCAACUCUGGAAGCAGCUCUCAAAAUCUUCCCUGCCUCUCACAUCUUCGUCAUCGCCAACGGUAACUCGGAAACUCCUCUCGACAACACCGCAGAUGUCUGCGCUCGCUACGGUGUUCAACAUGUCUGGUCUGGCGUUGGUUCCAAGAUUGUUGCACAAUAUGUUGGUUGCUACAAGGCCAAGCGCUUCGAGAAUGUUCUUCUUAUUGACGAUGAUUGUGCUCUCCCUCCGAACUUCCCCGUCGUCAGUGACAGACUCACUGGCGGCGUUGAAAGUGUCGGUUACACCAUCAAGAGUGUCGGUCCCAACUCAUCCAAGGGUACUUGGUGUCAGCAAGCCCAAGAUCUUGAGUACAAGCUUUCAGGUCUUCAGCGUGCUUUCGCAGGCAAAGUCGGUAGUGCUACUUUCCCUCACGGCGCCAUCUCCCUCUGGAACCGCAAAUUUCUCAUCAAGACCUUCAACGAUCACCCCGGAUACUCAGUUUCAGAGGAUUGGUUUUUCGGAGACAGUUGCCGCCGCCUUGGAGGUCGUAUUGUCAUGUGCUCAUCUGUCUUUGUCGAGACUGAGACACCCAACGCAGUGUUCUUCAGCAGUGGAGGCGCCCGUGGUGGUUUCGGUGAAAUGACCAUCUUCCAGCAACGUUUUAUGCGCUGGAACUUCUUCUUUGUCAACGGCAUGUACUACAACAUGAAGUACAUCAUCAAGAGCUGGAACCUCGGCUGGUGGGAAAUUGGCGCCAAGAUUUUCGUCUUCCAGGAGGUCUACGAGACCCUCCUCUACCUAUUCACGCCCUUCAUUCUCCCCAUCUCCUUCAUCGUUCGUGCUGAUUUCUGCGGAUAUCUGCUUGCCGGCACGGUCGUCUUGUAUCUGCUCAACGUUGUCAUCUUCAACGAGGUACAUUUGCGCCUGAGAAAAGAACGCAUCAGUUGGACCGUGCUCAUCUGUUACUACAUGCCCUACAAGCUAAUUCUUACUCUCGUCAACGUCGCAAGUUGCUACUGGUCGUUGUACAAGUACGCCAAGUACUUCGCCAAGCGUCACCCCAAGAUCAUUGAAGAUGCUCGUCGGCUACGAGCAGCAUACGGGCAGCAUCAAAAGUUAAUGUCUAGAGAUACCAAUCAGCGACGACACGCUUAG